AGUGCUGCCGCCGGAGCCGCGCAGCGCCAGCCCGGCCGUGCGCGGGGAGCGGCCCCGGCACCCCGGGACCCUGGCCCAGACUUGCCUUGGCGCUGCCCUGGCUCCCCAGGAGAGCCAAAAAACGUGCCGAAUGGGGGAAAAGCCCGUUUGUCGAGUGGAGCACCCUUUGCAGCGAGGGUGAAACCCAGGAGCCCAUUGCAGGACUCUGCUGCGCCUCCGUGGCCGCGUGCCUGGCUGAAAACUCUGGGUUGCCGUCAUUGGCAUCGCUGCUGUCUGCAAGUGAGGUGACUGACUUGCCCAGUGUGCGACGUUGGUGCUUUUCAUCAGGGCACUGGUGUCCCUGAAGUCAGUCCCCGAGUGCCCCGGGAGCGGGCGAUGACCGACGCCGUGGUGGGUGGCAGCUCCGACCGGUGGAUGUGCCCCAGCGACAGGACCAUGUCUGUCCGAGCCAGCAGCGAGAAGGAGCAGCUCCCCUCCGGCUGGGGCGGCCAAGCCGACCGGCAGCGCAAGGGCGAGGAGCUGACGGAUGAGGAGAAGGAGAUCAUCAACAGGGUCAUCGCCCGCGCCGAGAAGAUGGAGGAGAUGGAGCAGGAGCGCAUCGGGAGGCUGAUGACCAGGCUGGAGGACAUGCGCCGGAGCGUGCUGGGGGACGGGGUGAACCGCUGCAUCCUGUGUGGGGAGCAGCUGGGGCCACGUGGGUCCGCCUGUGUCGUGUGUGAGGACUGCAAGAAGAACGUCUGCACCAAGUGCGGGGUGCAGACCACCAACAACCGGCCCCACGCCAUCUGGCUCUGCAAGAUCUGCAGUGAGCAGCGGGAGGUGUGGAAGCGCUCUGGUGCCUGGUUCUUCAAGGGUUUGCCCAAGCAGAUGUUGCCCCAGCCGAUGCCCGUCAGCAAGAACAAGGGACCCCAAGCCCCGAGCGAGCCCAGCCCGGCAGAACCGCCCACCCCAGACCCCAAAGUGUCCUCCCGGGCACCCACCCGAGGCCAGGCGGAGGCCGGGCCCCCCCCAGCCGAGCCGGACGCCGAGGGCAGCGACACGACGGCAUCCCCCAGGGGGAGCCGCAGGCCGGCCGAGGGCCGGGCGGGUCCGUGUGGCAGCGAGGACACCGGUGGGGACACCGAGAGCCGGGACUACGGUGCCGAGAGCGGGGUCAGCAGGAGCCCUGGUGUGAAGAGAACCAACUCCGUUCAAGCCUCACGGCCGCCCCCACCAGCCACUGCCGGACCCGCUGCGGGUCCCGCUCCGGCGGCAGCACCGGCAGCGCCGCCGGCAGCAGCGAGGCCGGGCCCCGGGGCGGGUGGGCGGUUCCCGGAGAGACAAGCGAGCCCACCGCUGGGACCCUCAGAGCCGGCCCGCGCUGCCGCCAGGGAGGAGCGAGGAGGGGGCUACGCUGCACCCCCCGCCAGGGAGGAGAGGCCGGCCUGGCAGCCCCCCGCCUUCCAGCAGCCCCCCGCCGCCACACCCGCAUCCGCAGCCCCGCAGCGGCAGCAGCAGCAGCAGCAGCCCCAGGAGGAGGAGGAAGAUGCCAACAGCUAUGACUCUGAUGAAGGCACCACGCUGGGAGCUCUGGAGUUCAGCCUGCUCUACGACCAGGAGAACAGCUCCCUGCACUGCACCCUCAUCAAGGCCAAGGGCUUAAAACCGAUGGACUCCAAUGGCCUGGCUGAUCCCUACGUGAAACUGCACCUCCUACCUGGAGCCAGCAAGUCAAACAAGCUGAGGACGAAGACGCUGCGCAACACCCGCAACCCCGUGUGGAACGAGACCCUGGUGUACCACGGCAUCACGGAUGAGGACAUGCAGAGGAAAACCCUCAGGAUCUCAGUGUGUGAUGAAGACAAAUUUGGCCACAACGAGUUUAUUGGAGAAACUCGAGUUUCCUUGAAAAAACUCAAAGCGAAUCAGAAAAAGAACUUCAACAUUUGCCUGGAGAGAGUAAUACCAACAAAACGUGCUGGAACAACCGGUGCAUCCCGUGGGAUGGCUCUGUAUGAAGAGGAGGUAGAUCGUGGUGGGGACGUGGAGGAGCGUGGGAAGAUCCUGGUGUCCCUCAUGUACAGCACCCAGCAGGGCGGGCUCAUCGUGGGCAUCGUGCGCUGCGUGCACUUGGCAGCCAUGGACGCCAACGGGUACUCGGACCCCUUCGUGAAGCUUUGGCUGAAACCUGAUAUGGGAAAAAAGGCCAAGCACAAGACACAGAUUAAGAAGAAAACGUUGAAUCCUGAGUUUAACGAGGAGUUCUUCUAUGACAUAAAACACAGUGAUCUGGCCAAGAAGUCACUGGACAUUUCAGUCUGGGAUUACGACAUCGGAAAAUCCAAUGACUACAUUGGCGGUUGCCAGCUCGGCAUUACGGCCAAGGGCGAGCGCUUGAAACACUGGUAUGAAUGUUUGAAGAACAAGGACAAGAAGAUUGAGCGCUGGCACACCCUCCAAAACGAGAACCACGUUGCCAGUGAUUAAAGGGAGCUGCUGCCCCACGCUCCCCAACAGCCCAUCCUCUGCCAAGCCCUUGUAGAUCUCUGAUGUCCGUCUUCCAGCGCAGUCAUGCCUUGCUACAGCCUCCAAUCCUAGGGCAGUGAUGCUCUUCUGCCUCCUCUGAGCAUCCUCCGUCCUCACCUCCACCUGAAAACCAACCCAGACCUUUCAUAUUCUCUUCCUCUGUUUAUUUUUUGUUUUGGGAGGGAGGUCAUUGAGUUCCCCUGGUGUGUAAUUUUGUCAAGCAAUAGUUCCCUCCUGACUGUUCCUCUCUCUCACUGGUCUCACACGCCCUGUGAUAGCGUUCCCGUUGUGUGUCCGAUGCUCUGUGUUCCUCCAGCCUCUGCUCCUCUGGCUCAUCCCAUUGCCACUGGCUUGUGGCUCUGGUAUCUCCCAGUGGGAUGUGCAGCCACCAGUCCGGCCGUGCUCCUGUCAGGCACUGGGGUGUGGAGUGCUGGUGUUGGAGCAUCGGCCUGUUCUGCUUCUGUGAUAUCGAUACCUCAGUUGCAAUAAUGAAAAAGCUCUUUGGCUUUGGUGUGGGUCGUCACCGUCUCCUGGUGUCUGUGUUGUCAUGAUUAGGCCAAAGCCUGUGUCACUGAUGUAAUCCUGCGAGUCCUGCUUGAGCUUUACUUCUGGUUUGGUCCACUUGAGCAAUAUUGUGGCACAUCCUUUGCUGAGAAGAUCCACCAAUAACACAAUAACAGUUAUGAGGAAUAGGGAGCUCUGUGCUCGCAGGGAAGCAGGUUUGGGUUGGUUCAUGUGGUUCCUUUUGCCUGAGGAACUCACACGCUGUUGCUGUAGGAGCCCACCCGUGUUUCAAGGUUGUGACUACCUCCUCUUCACCUCUGAGCUGUGUAGUAGUGACUGAGCCCUGAGGGCAGUCCCUGGGCCCCCUCAGACCACCCCUCCUGCUGCCGAGCGUUUGCCGUGCCAUGCUCAGGAGGGAAGCUGAGGGAGAUGGCACUUCCCACCAAGUAGCUGUGUGCAAGGAUUAUUGCUUUGAAUUGCUUCAAAACACCACAACUACUGAAAUUAGCUGGGAUGUUUAGAGGUCUUCCAAACUUUGGUUGUUUUGGUUUUGUUUUGUUUUGUUUCCGAUUCUGCACAAGAACCACUGUCUUCAACCUGCGCUUUAGUUAUCUCCUGGAGCUGUUCAAUCUGUCCUCGAUAGCAGGAGAGCAAAGACAUUCUCAGACUGAUGCUGGUCAGGUUUGGUAUCAUUUGCUGGCUCUGGAUAACCUCAAGCAUAGUUGAUAGUAGCACAAUAAGCACUAUGGAAUAUAUUGUCAGUGGGCUACACACUGAGCAUGUUGUAUGAAACCUCAACCCUUUCAGUCCAUGACUCCCCGUGCACCCGCUGCUGCAGUCGACUGGGGAGCUGUCCUGUGGCCUGGGCAGCUCUUUCCUUUGAGUUGGAUGAGUUGUUUUCUUGAUAUUUUCUUUAAAUAGUCUUUUUCCCCCAGCAGAACUUCCUCUGAAUGCUGACACUCUGUGACUGUCCCUGUAGCUCUGUGCCAAGUAAUGUCACCAGCUCUGGGUGACGCGAACCCCCAUGUGUGGAGUGAUGCUGCUGCUGCAGAGCAACCCUGCCCCAGCCCAGCCCAGGGUCUACACAUCCAAGGAGGUCUGUGUUGCCUCCCACAGCCCCCAUGCUCCCCAUCCUUGGACCACCAGGUGGGGAAAACCAACCUAAACCACCCUGUGCAUCCUCUGCUUUGUCCGGCCUGAGCUGGGAGACCUCUUCCAUCACCCCAGACUCAUCCUAUGGUACAGAGUGUAAUGGAAGAGGAUACUUGAAAAUUUUGCCCUUCUUUCAUGGAGUUCUUGACUCUGUGCCAGCAAGAAUGAGAUCUCUGAACCAUACUGUCCACAACCCAGACUGAAAUGACCCUAUUCUUUGGGAUGGUUUCCCUCUUUGUCCUGUGCUGAAAUCUCACUGCUCUGCCCAGCUGGUUCAGCUGGGGGAUGGUUGGACUCCAGGAUCAAUUAUUCUGUGCUGCCCUAUCCUUCCCUGCUCAUCUCAGAGCAGUAGUUGGGCCCAGAGCUAUGCUGGGGAAAUGGGUAACUUUAAAAAACAUUAUUUAAGGAAUUCCUCAGUGUCCCCCAGCCCUGCAGCAGCCCAACCUCCUUUGUAUGUGCAGAACAACUCAAUUAAGGUUGCCAUUACCCCAUCCUGUAUUGCCAUUCUCUGUCCAGCCUGCUUUCCCUUUGAACAAAGGAUACUCAAAUCAUCUUUUUACACUCACAAAAAUCAAGUGCAACUUGCCAAUCUCCUCAGUAUUGUGCAAACCAUGGUCCUGGUCUCUGCCACCUUCUUCUCAGUUUUUCUGAUGGUAAUUUCUGCCCUGAAUGACUUCUUUUCGUUGUAAAUAAAGCAUGCACAUCUGGAUUGGGAAUGGUGAAAAACAACAACAAAAAAAAUAAAAAUAAAAGCCUCUUCUACUGCUGUUUGCAUUCAAAGUCGCAUGCAGUGAUUUUACAGCAAAAUAUCAGUUUACAACUAUUAAGAGAAAAACAA